AUGUCUCAGGAGAGGCGCCGAUCCAAGCGUUCCCAGUCUUCCGACGAUGCUACCUCGCAGUCGUAUCUAUCUCAGCCAGCUCACAGUCUCUCCUUUGAGGCUGUUAUCCGUGAGCUAGGCACAAACUCUGAUGAUGGCCUCACAACUAGUGAGGUCAAGCAACGUCUUGAGAAAUAUGGACAGAACAUCUUGGAAGGAGACGAAGGCGUCUCAAUUGCCAAGAUUUUCAUUCGCCAAGUCGCCAAUGCCAUGAUGCUUGUUCUUAUCAUCGCAAUGGCGGUCAGCUUCGGCAUCAAGUCGUGGAUUGAAGGCGGCUUCAUCACAGCCGUCAUCUUGCUCAACAUAGUCGUGGGUGUAUACCAGGACUUCGCCGCCGAAAAGACUAUGGACUCUUUGCGAAACCUGAGCUCCCCUACUGGAGUCGUGACUCGCGAUGGAAAAACCGCUACUAUCCCUGCCAACGAAAUUAUUCCUGGUGACAUGGUCGAAUUGAAAGUCGGAGAUACUGUGCCUGCGGAUCUGAGAUUGACCGAGGCAUUCAACUUCGAGACCGACGAAGCCCUCUUGACCGGCGAAUCUCUCCCUGUUCAGAAAGAAGCGGAUGCAGUUUUCGAUAUCGAUACGGGUCCUGGAGACCGAUUAAACCUCGCAUACAGUUCGUCAACCGUUACACGUGGACGCGCGAGAGGUGUGGUGGUAGGAACUGGCAUGCGAACUGAGAUCGGUGCCAUUGCCGCCGCCCUUCGUGGAGGUGACUCCAAGCGUCGCCCUGUCAAGCGUGGACCGGAGGGUGAAACCAAGAAGCGUUGGUACAUCCAGGCCUGGACAUUGACUACCACCGAUGCUAUUGGACGGUUCCUUGGAAUCAACGUCGGUACUCCCCUUCAGCGCAAGCUGUCUAAGCUCGCACUGCUUCUUUUCGGUAUCGCCGUCAUUUUCGCGAUUGUUGUGGCUGGUUCCAAUGAUUGGCGUGGCGAUAAUGAAGUUAUCAUUUACGCCGUUGCCACUGGUCUUGCUAUGAUUCCCGCUUGUCUGGUCGUCGUACUCACCAUCACAAUGGCCGUGGGAACAAAGCAAAUGGUGCAAAGACAUGUCAUUGUCCGCAAGUUGGACUCUUUGGAAGCCCUGGGUGCCGUGACCAAUAUCUGCUCGGACAAGACUGGUACCUUGACUCAAGGCCGCAUGGUCGCCAAGAGGGCCUGGAUUCCGUCUAUGGGAACAUACUCGGUCGGGUCUUCGAAUAACCCCCUGAACCCAUACGAGGGUGAUUUGAGCCUUAUCCAGGAGCCUCCAGUCAAGCUGAACUCUGAAUCGACGGGUGACACAACCAACCCCGAGGAACUGUUGAAAGAUAAUGAGCUUCUUGAAUCCUUCCUCAAUGUUGCUGCUAUGGCGAACCUGGCACAUCUGCACAAGGACUCGAACAAUGAAUGGCAAGCUCGUGGAGAGCCUACCGAUAUUGCUAUCCAGGUGUUUGCCUCGCGGUUCAAUUGGGGUGUCGAUCGUUGGACUAAAGGCGAGAAGCCCGCAUGGAUCCAGAAGGCCGAGUAUCCUUUCGACUCGAGCGUGAAAAAGAUGUCCGUUGUCUUUGCGAAACGCAGUGAAGGCUCCGAGAAACUCUCUCAGAUGAUCUUCACCAAGGGCGCUGUUGAACGAGUCAUCGAUUCUUGCACGUCUAUCACCUGGAAAGAUGGUGCAUCCGUGCCCCUUGACGACGAUAUCCGCGACGAGAUCUUGCAGAAUAUGGAAGCCCUGGCCAAGGAGGGUCUGCGAGUGCUCUGCCUGGCUGGAAGAGAACAUACACCUGGUGAUGACGCAAGCGAUGAACCUCUUCCACGCGAGGAAAUUGAGAAAGACCUGGUCUUUUACGGAUUGAUCGGUCUGUAUGAUCCUCCUCGACCUGAGACCGCCGGUGCAAUCAGCCAAUGUUACAAGGCCGGUAUCUCCGUUCACAUGGUAACCGGUGAUCACCCUGGAACUGCUCGGGCAAUUGCUGCUCAGGUUGGCAUUAUUCCAUCGAAUAUGGACAUGAUCGCAAAGGACGUCGCCGAUGCGAUGGUCAUGACCGCUAGCGAAUUCGACAAAUUGAGCGAAGAUGAAAUCGACAACCUCCCCACACUGCCACUCGUCAUCGCUCGAUGUGCACCAAAUACCAAAGUUCGCAUGAUCGAGGCCCUCCAUCGUCGUGGUCGUUAUGUUGCGAUGACUGGUGACGGAGUGAAUGACUCGCCUUCGCUAAAGCGGGCCGAUGUUGGUAUCGCAAUGGGUCAAAAUGGAUCCGAUGUUGCAAAGGAUGCUUCAGAACUCGUCUUGACUGAUGACAACUUUGCUUCCAUCAUUAAUGGUAUCGAAGAAGGACGACGAAUUUUCGACAAUAUUCAGAAAUUCGUGCUGCACUUGCUGGCUGAAAACGUCGCAUUGGCUUUGACCCUGCUCAUCGGCCUUGCAUUCAAGGAUGACAGCAAUCAAUCUGUCUUCCCUAUUGCCCCUGUUGAAAUUAUCUGGAUCAUCAUGAUUACCUCCGGCCUGCCCGAUAUGGGUCUGGGAAUGGAGGCUGCGGCACCGGAAGUCAUGGAUAGACCUCCUCAAAGCAAACAAGGUAUUUUCACCUGGGAGAUUAUCGUCGACACGCUGGUCUACGGUGUCUGGAUGGCCGCCCUCUGCCUGUCAGCCUUCGCCCUCGUCAUGUUCCGCUGGGGUGAUGGUAACCUCGCAAUGGGCUGCAACACGCAUUACAAUGACCCCAACAAACCCUACACCUGUGACACCGUAUUCCGCGCCCGUGCAACAACUUUCACCUGCAUGACCUGGUUCGCUUUAUUCCUCGCAUGGGAGAUGAUGAACCUACGUCGCAGCUUCUUCCGCAUGAAGCCCGACUCCAAGCGCUACUUCACCCAAUGGAUGCACGACAUUUGGCACAACCAGUUCCUCUUCUGGGGAAUUAUGGCUGGCUUUGUGCUUGCCUUCCCUAUCAUCUACAUCCCCGUCAUCAACCACAGUGUUUUCAAGCAUUCGGCUAUCUCGUGGGAAUGGGGUAUCGUGUUUGUCGAGACGGUGCUCUUCUUUGCUGGUAUUGAGUUCUGGAAGUGGUGCAAGCGCGCUUAUUUCCGUCGGCAGGCGUUCAAGCAGGAGAAGGAAGGUCGUAACGUUCCGAGUGGAGAUCACCGUGGGCUGAGGGAUUUCAGUCGCUAUACCACUAUGGACCGGUCUGAGACGCAGGCUACUGGAGAUGAGAUGGUUGAGAAGUCAAUGGUUUAA